AUGGCGGACGUGAAGAAUGAUGUUUGUGAGUCGUCGUUCGGAGCGUUGGCGGACGAACUCAUAGAUAUUAUUCUAUCUUAUGAUCUUUUAGAUCAUCACGAUUUAUGUCGUUUUGCACAAACUUGCCUCCGCUUCAAGGAAAUUGCGUAUUAUCCAGAACUAUGGAAGAAAAAAGCACUCCGACGUUGGAAACGAUGGAAGAAUCAAGUGAAAGACCACUGGAAAAUUAUAUACCAAAAUAGGUAUAAAGUUGAGAAGGAAAUCCUGGCAAUUCUUGACAGACUCAGUAUACAGUAUGGCGCUAAGGCUGAUGUCUCGCGCUCACAGUACAAAUCGUUGACGUACCUGACCAGUGAGAGUCCAUAUGCGGAUUAUUUUGAGUGCACUUUAGAGGAAAUUAUCAACGGAAACCCCGAGAUUCCAAGGGAUUCUAAUUUAACACAUCGAUAUUAUGCAGAAAAAAUGUAUGAUUAUGCUCAGAAGCUGGUCCUGAAAAAAGAAUGGGGAAGUCUUAUGAACAAACCGGUUGAAGAACAGCAUUUAGAAGUUGGUGCAAUGAUAAUAGCAAAGUGGAUUGAUAACAAAAACACAGGUGAUCAUGCUAAAGAGGCUUUUGCCAUGCUUGAUGAAAUGGCUAACAGAGUUAGAAAUAUUGUUCAAGAAGAAGUACCUGCUCAAGAUUGYAGCUCACCAAGWGAUCCUAGACAGKGUAUGCAGAUUCUUGAAGGCAUCAAACAUGUAAUGUACAAUGAGGAAAAAUUCAACGGCAACACACAGGAUUAUUACAAUGUCAACAAUUCAUUGAUUACUCAGGUUUUAAAAACAAAACAAGGAAUCCCAAUAAGCUUGGCUGUGAUUUUUGUUGCUGUUGCACGAAGAUUGGGUGUUCAUGUUGAGCCAGUUAAUUCCCCAAAUCAUUUUUUGAUUAGGUGGUGUUCCAGCCAAGAUUCUGAGAUGGAAGAUCUGUCUGAUAGCUAUACAUAUAUCGAUGCAUUUGAUGAGGGGAAAUUCUACUCYCAAGAACAGUGUGCUAACCGUUUCAUCUCUGGAAUUGCAAGUCUGAUGCCCACAAAGACCCUUUUCCCUCAAGCCUUGCCAAGAGAUGUCUUUAUUAGAAUGGUGACAAAUAUUGCGAAUAUUUAUCGUACAUCUGUAAGGAUGAACAAUGGAUUGCUUGUUUUUCGCAAUGCUCUUGAGUUACUGACAUUGGUUAAACCCAAUGAUUCAGGUUACAAAUUACUCAUAGCACAAGUUGAUGUGCAUCUCGACAUAAACUUAGAUGAGGCUAUUGGAAUGCUUCAAGAAAUACUUAUUUUGGGACAUGACAUCACUGUCACCAAGAACCUAAUUGAGCAUGCACAAAAACAAAAGCAUCAAGAAGAACAGGAGCAAAGGAAACCAGUCAAACAGAAAUUGAGGUCAGAUGAAACAAAUGAUUUGGUUAAUUACAGAAUUGGUAUGGUAAUGCGUCAUAGAAGGUACCAUUAUGGGUGUGUGAUUUAUGGCUGGGAUUAUUUCUGUGAUAUGGAUGAGUCAUGGAUCAUGCGGAUGGGUGUCGACAGACUACCUCUUGGUCGAUCUCAGCCAUUCUWUAAUGUCCUUGGUGAUGAUGGGUCAAGCAGAUAUGCAGCACAAGAAAACUUGUUAGAGGAACCAAAUCAACCAUUUAAUCCACAUCCAGAAAUUGGGAAGUAUUUUAAGUGGUGGACAGGAAGUCAGUACAUACCUAAUGAAUACCUUGCCCAGAAAUACCCAGAAGAUUGCCAACAAGAUAACUAAGGUACAUCAUAUAA